CGCGAGAAAAGGCGAGUUACGAAAGCGGGGAAGUCGACGCCACAUUCGUAUAGCUAUUAGUGCUAGUAGACACAGAUAUCGAAUUGCCGUAUCGAAAAGAAGAGAUCAUGGGUUGGAUUGGUGAGACGGUGGACUCCAUUAAAUCUAUUCAGAUCCGCCAGGCCCUCACUCAGGCUGUUAGUCUCGGCUUGAUUGUGACAUCCGCUUUGAUAAUAUGGAAGGCAUUAAUGUGCAUUACUGGCAGUGAAUCUCCUGUUGUUGUUGUUCUUUCUGGGAGUAUGGAACCGGGGUUCAAGCGUGGAGACAUCUUAUUCUUGCAUAUGAGUAAAGAUCCAAUUCGUACAGGAGAAAUUGUUGUAUUUAAUGUUGAUGGCCGUGAGAUUCCAAUUGUUCAUCGGGUAAUCAAGGUGCAUGAACGAAACGAUACGGGGGAGGUUGAUGUUCUCACCAAAGGCAAUAAUAAUUAUGGGGAUGACAGGCUACUCUAUGCUCACGGCCAACUCUGGCUACAAAGGCAUCACAUUAUGGGUAGAGCUAUUGGGUUCUUGCCUUAUGUUGGUUGGGUGACGAUUAUCAUGACUGAAAAGCCUAUCAUCAAGUAUAUUCUCAUUGGAGCUUUGGGAUUGCUCGUGAUAACUUCAAAAGAUUAAACCAGAAAUCUCAAUCAUGUUUUGGUGGAUCUGCAGUUUCAUAUGGUGAACAGAUACUAUCACUUUCUUGAAGGUGCCAUCCGCCCAUCUUGUACCAUCUUUUUAAGUGGUAGACAACAUAACGUUAGAGUUGAUUCCGAGUAGUGAGUGGGUUUUUAUUUCAUUUUUAAUCUCUCAGACGCCUUGUCGGUUGGUUAGUUGCUUGAAUCAGGUUUGAAGCUUACUUUCAUCUAGUAUUAUGGUAACUCAGGCUUGACUAAUAUUACCCCCAAAAAAUGAAGGGUUAAUUUUGAAAUAUUUAUAGUUAUCAUACCUUCAAAUGAAGAGGUUGUAUAUAUGGCACACGCUAGCAUUUCAUUA